CUCUAGAAUUUCGAGGUUUGUAGAAAAACCGAUCCGAACCAAAAUAUAACUUGGUUCGGCCAAACCGAAUCGAAUUAUAUUUCGGUUCGAAUUUGGUUUGGGGUAUGGGCCAUUUCGGGGACCUAGGAUGCUACAUUUCGGUUCGGUCGAAAUUGAACCGAUGUCCACCCCUACUUGGGAGCUCACCCGACUGCACCAUCUGUUUGGAACCAUGUGAUUAUAAUAACGCGAUCAAGAUUAGAUGGUUGGGAAGGCUCACAUCUCUCUAUCGGGGGAAGAGUGGUUCUGAUUAACGCUGUCCUUGCAAGCCAAAGCAGCUAUGUGAGUUCUCUGUUUCUUGCUCCGAAGGGUGUCAUCAAUUCCGUGGAAAAGAUACAAAGAGACUUUCUUUGGUCCGAGAAUUCCGAAAAGGAAAAGUUCCACUUGGUAUCGUGAGAGAUGUGCAAGAAUGCCAAUCUUCGUGGUGGAUUGUGGCUAUGGGAUUUACAACUUCACAAUCAAGCACACCUACUGAAAUGGCAGUGGCGGUUUGCAACUGAGAGACAAAGGUCGUGGAGGGAACUUAUAGCUCUUAAGUUCCCAAAUCAAAACUUAGAGUGGUGUGAUGGGGAGAUUGGAGAAAGAAUGGGGUGUAGCCCAUGGAUGCAACUCAUCAAGCUGAAAAAUACGUUCUGGAAUUCGACACAAGUUGAGCAUGGAAAUUGCUUGUGGACUUCCUUCUGGCAUAAUAUCUGGAUUAAAGGUAAGCAUUUGGCAGAUCAAUUCCCGAGAGUGGUGGCUGGUGCUGAAUCCCCGAGCGCCCGAGUGGCGGAUUAUCUCCAAAAUGAUGGUGAGGCGUUAUAUAUGGUGGGAAAUUCCCUUAAAGUUUCUUCUUCGGGGUAGGGCUGAAAGAGAGCAUGUGAGUUUGUUUUCUGUGUUACACAACCUCCCUUUGUCUAGUUUGUUUGCAAGUCCUCACAGGCUGAUCUGGCACUCGGCUCCCACGAAAUGGUUUCACUGUGCACUCUGCAUUUGAUGAACUUGCAGCAGACUUUCCCUCCAAAUUCGUGUGGCAGCACUUGAUACUUAGCAAGAUCUCCGUAUUUCUAUGGAUGGUUUUCCAUAAGAAGAUCCUUACUUUGGAUAAUCUAAAGAAGAGAGGAGUCCACUUGCCGAACAGGUGCUCUCUUUGCAAGAUGGAAGAAGAAAGCGUUAACCACUUUUCGUGAGCUGCAGGUUUGCAAUGGAGACUUGGUCUAUAAUGAGAGCUUUCAUUAGAAUCGAAGACAACAUCUGUAGGGCCACUGAUAUCUCAGACAUGAUUAAAAUGUGAAAAUACCAAAAUCCGGCGGACCCUGCACAAUGGUCCUCAAGGGUGUUUCUUCAUGCCUUCUGCUGGAACCUGUGGUUGGAAAGAAAUGCGAGAGUUUUCAAUGAUCUUGGUGCUUCCCCUCACCUGGUUGUUUACAAAAUUGGUUGUGUAAUUUCCCAAUGGAUAUGGGCUGCAAAGAAAGUCAAUAGGGAAGUUGCUAGAAAUUGGUUAAGGUUAUGAAAUCCAGGUUAUUUCCUAGUUGGCUUGACAUCUCAAGUUGAUCUGUGGACCGGGGCAGCUGAUACAUAGGAGGAAACAAGAACUUCUUUAGUGAAACCAAUUACUUGGGAAGCCUAUAAUGACCUGUGUCUUCGUUUCAACAGUGACGGCAGAAUCAACUCUCUGUUGCUUGUGUGUGUGUACCUAUCUUCCCCGUGUCUCCCCUUGUCCUAUGUUAGCUUGCCUAACUAGUUUCCUCUUUUGUGCGUUUGAGGCACCUUUUGUGCUGGGUGCUUCUUUUCUUAUGUUUGUUUGGGGUUUGCUCUUUGUGGCGCCUCCGUGGAGGCUGUUUGCUCGGGUUUUAUUCCCCUGUAUUUCCUUCUUUAAUUAAUAAUAUUAUAUCACCCUUAUAAAAAAAUGUGUAAUGCAAUUUAAUUUAGUACUGGCAUCACAUACAGUUUUGUUAAUGAAACUCAUAUUUAUCUAUUAUUGGAACUUUUCAUUGUUGCUAUUUUUGAAGUAAAUAUACACUGUAACAAUCAAUAGCAAAUAUAUAAUUUAGAUAUUAUCACAUGUACUCAUAAAUUUUACAUAAUAAGGAAAAAAUAUAAAGUGCAGGAUCUAAAAGCUAGUUUGUUUGUCUACUAAAGCCUUUAGAUAUUAUCACAUGUACUCAUAUAUAAUUUAGAUAUUAUCACAUGUACUCAUAAAUUAGGAAGAAUGACACAAAUAUUGUGUUUUUUUUAAAUUUACCACCAAUAUAGCGGAUUAAAAAGUAUUGACAAGUAUAUUGUGUUUUGGAGAAAAAGUUAGGCGAGACCACCUGAGACUGAGGUGUCACCACCUGAGACUCAGGUGAAUAGGUGGAAAGAAAGUCCCAGGUGUUGGCACCUGAGACUGAGGUGGUACAGCCUGAGACUGAGGUGGCACCACCUAAGACCGAGGUGGCACCGCGAAGAACAAUCCUAAUUCUAACCCUAAACCCUAAACCAGCGAAUUUCGUAUCAGUUAUUCACAUCACAAAUGGCUAAUAGGUAAGAGACAUAUUUAUUUUUUUAAUUAUAUUAUUCAAAUGCUAUUAUGAUUGUGUUUAGUUUAAUUAGUGAGUUUUUCUGUAGUGAUUUUAGAAGAUUUGAACUAGUCGUUCGGUGGAAAUCGGAGAAAGUAGAGGAUAAUUUGGGCGUCAAAUUCGUUGGUGGUGGUAGUUUUCAGUUGACGGCUUUUCAAAUGUAAUAGUUGUGGUUUGAAGUAGUUGUUGUUUUUCAAAUAGCUGUUAUGGUUUAAGAAGGUUGUUGUUUUUCAAAUGUAGUAGUUGUUGUUCUUGGCCAAAUUAUAAAAUGUCCGAGUUGUUGUUUGUUAUUUGUUGUUCCGAAUAGUUAUCGCUAAUAACAUCAUACAUGAAUGUAAAAAUAGUUCAAGGAAUAGUCCACAAACAUAAAUAGUCCACAUAAUAGUCCACAUAACACAUAAAUAGUCCACAUACAUAUCCCAAAUAAUAAUAACAUAACAAAAAUACAAAAAAAAAAACUCUAACGACGACCACCACGAUGACCACCAUGCUGAUCCGUGUCGAGGAUGAUCAGCCCCAGCAUGAUGAUGGUAGGCCUACACGGAUCAGGGUGCCAGUGAGGUGUGGUAAAGACGGCCAUCUAGUGGAUCAGCAUGGUGGUCGUGGUGGUGGUGAUCGUUAGAGUUUUUGUUUUGUAUUUUUGUUAUGUUAUUAUUAUUUGGGAUAUGUAUGUGGACUAUUUAUGUGUUAUGUGGACUAUUAUGUGGACUAUUUAUGUUUGUGGACUAUUCCUUGAACUAUUUUUACAUUCAUGUAUGAUGUUAUUAGCGAUAACUAUUCGGAACAACAAAUAAAAAACAACAACUCGGACAUUUUAUAAUUUGGCCAAGAACAACAACUACUACAUUUGAAAAACAACAACCUUCUUAAACCAUAACAACUAUUUGAAAAACAACAACUACUUCAAACCACAACUAUUACAUGUGAAAAACCGUCAACUGAAAACUACCACCACCAACGAAUUUGACGCCCAAAUUAUCCUCUACUUUCUCCGAUUUCCACCGAACGACUAGUUCAAAUCUUCUAAAAUCACUACAGAAAAACUCACUAAUUAAACUAAACACAAUCAUAAUAGCAUUUGAAUAAUAUAAUUAAAAAAAUAAAUAUGUCUCUUACCUAUUAGCCAUUUGUGGUGCGAAUAACUGAUACGAAAUUCGCUGGUUUAGGGUUCAGGGUUUACGGUUUCAGGGUUAGAAUUAGGAUUGUUCUUCGCGGUGCCACCUCAGUCUUAGAUGGUACCACCUCAGUCUCAGGCGGUACCACCUCAGUCUCAGGUGCCAACACCUGUGACUUUCUUCCCACCUAUUCACCUGAGUCUCAGGUGGUGACACCUCAGUCUCAGGUGGUCUCGCCUAACUUUUUCUCCAAAACACAAUAUACUUGUCAAUACUUUUUAAUCCGCCAAAUUGAUGGUAAAUUUUUAAAAAAACACAAUAUUUGUAUUAUUCUCCCCAUAAAUCCACCAUUAAUAUAUUGUACACUUUUGUGUACUUGGAUUCAAAUUUCCGGCUAUGUCCUUCAUUUGCGGUGAGGGUAACUAAGUAAUUGUCCCAGUUCUUUUCGCGGCCGGACACCCUUACGGAAGAGCUUACGUGGAUCUCCCGCUUCCAUUUAUUCCCAUUUUCAAUCCUACUCAUCGCUCGCCAUCCAGUUUCCUCUCUCCUUCCCGCAGCUUGGCGGAAGUCGACCUGAAUAAUGGUUUCGUGCGGCAAAGACGAGAGCUUUCAUGUCCAGGUAUUAUUCUUCCAAUUAAUUGACCUUCUUUUUCCUCAGAAUGAAAAUCAAAUCAUCUCUUCCCUAAUCGGUAAUAUGCUUUGGCUGUCUACGAAUUCCUACGUGGAUUUUGUUACGUCGGGGUUUUUCAAGUUUGGGGUGUACCCGUGUGUGCGUUUCAAAAUUGUCGGGGCUUACAUAUCCCCAUUCUCUUCACCAGGUCAGAUUUUGGAGUGCAAUUGGCCCGACUUUAUGCGAUUACGAUUUUCAUGGGCUGUUAACCUUUCAAUUCGAGUAGGAGCCUCUUCUUUAUUGACGUCGGACACCAUCCAUUUUGGUUCUCAAUCAAGAGUUGAAGUCCCUCUUCCAGCCAUCUAAUUUAUUCCCGCACUGAAAGGGUAGAGCCAUCAUCGCUUAUUGUCGAGUUCUUAGAUGUGAUAUGUGUUAGUGUUGUGGUAUAUGAUUCACGAUUGAACCUCUUCCAACAACUCGAGUUAUUGGGAUCAACUGGUUCUUCACAUGGUAUCCAAUCUGUAUAUUGUGUUGCAAAGUCCACUUUAGGUAUUUACUAUUUUAAACUCAUUCUAAAGCCUCGGCUUCUUUGAUUUCUAGAAUUGCAGCUCAGAGUUGGUAGGUCUUUUAGUUUUCUUAUUUGUUGUAUGCUUUUCUGGUUGUAAUCUUCAAUUGUGCUUCCCAAAUUUGCUGCUCCAUUGAUUGUGAGAUUACAUAUGGGUGCUAAUUUGUUUCUUACAGUAUAGCCAUAUGGUCACCUCUAUUAAAACUUAUCGUAUUAAAGAAAAGGCUUGCUACUUCUUCUCAUUCUGCAGGUAGGUGUGAAUGGGAACUCCCUACCCAGUUGUUGAUUUAGCUCUUAGUCGGGAACUGCACUCUCUGGCCUCAUCUUCAAGACCCUCAGCCUUUCAGUGAUCUCCUUGGCUGCCAAUUCCAUUGUUUUUGCUGUGGAGUCCAGACGACUACAUUGUGUCUAUUUUUGCCUCUCACUGUAAAGCUCCUCUCCCUCUCCUUGGUGAAACGAAUAUCAGAGUGGUUACAGGUACCUUUGCGUCUACUGUAAUUGGUUUUUGCUCAUUGUAGCUACUUUGAUUGUCACAUUACACUAUCUGAUCUACCGAAAUAUAACCCAACCCUCCUUAUGACAAAGGGGUGCAAUUAUUUUCCAUUGGCAAUAUAGGGUUUGGAUUAGG